UAAGCUCAGUGGCCUUGAAUGUGGCUGGAUGCACGGAGUCCGGACGCCUGUCAUUCCAGAGCUAAACAGUGACAGCUGAGGGACCUGAGCUGGCACUGGGGGCUGGGAGGUUGGGGUUUCAGGGAGAGAUGAGGAUAAAGAUGGCCUGGGUCCCUAAUGGCCCCUCAGUGGCCCAAGCCCUUAUGCAGCCAAUUACUGGACAGCGGACCCUGCCUUUGAGCUGGGUGUCCUAUCUCCCACCCAUCCUGCCAGGCUCAGAGAGCUUUCUGGAGAAGGGUGCUCAGAUGGAAGAGGGAACUCAGGCAAGGAGGGGUUUCUGGGCAUUCCUCAUGUGAGGGCGUCUUCCUAUGGAGCCCCUGGUUCCAGGGCACCUGGGCGGGGUGCCUGAAGGAGAUUUCAUGAGGUCCUCGGCGGUGUCCUAACUUGCCAGCCCUCAGAAAAGCCAUGGCUCCCGCCCUUGCGUACCCCCACCUGAAGCAGCGGCCCGCCCAGCCCCGCGGAGGCUCCUCCUCCCAGGCCCCGCCCCCGGGCCAGGCCCCGCCCCCUCGCCCGCCUGCCCGCGGCCGCUGCGCUCCCGAGCGCGGCGAGAGCAGGUGGCCGCGGCGGGCUCCGUCUCUGCCCCGCAGGUAUGAAGCGGCCACUGAGCCCAUCUCCCCCGGAUAAGAAGGAUCCCCCCAUAUCUGGAGCUGCUGAGUGUCCUCCUCAUCCCCCAGCACCGUCUAAGCCCAAGCGGGAGAGGAAACGGCCCUCGUACACCCUGUGCAACGUCUGCAACAUCCAGCUGAACUCGGCAGCCCAGGCCCAGGUGCACUGUGGGGGCCGGGCCCACCAGAGGCGGCUUCGGCAGCUCAGCUUGGGAAAGACCCCCCCAGGGCCAGCAGAAGGAGGUAAAUACAAGAGGACGAGUAAGGCUGGACGGGGGAAUGGGGACCCUCUGAAGCCAGAGAGCUGCAAGAACUUUCCAGCAGGCAGGGAAGGAGCUGACAGCACCAACUUCCCCGGAGGUCUCUCAGGCCCUGCCUUUGGUGCCCCCAGCCCCCUGCUGGCCUCCCUGCCCCUGCCCACCCGGCCUCUGCAGCCCCCGUUGGACUUCAAGCACUUGCUCGCCUUCCACUUCAAUGGCGCUGCCCCGCUCAGUCUCUUCCCCAACUUCAGCACGAUGGACCCGGUCCAGAAAGCUGUCAUCAGCCACACGUUUGGGGUCCCCUCUCCUCUGAAGAAGAAGCUCUUCAUUUCCUGUAACAUCUGUCACCUGAGGUUCAACUCAGCGAACCAGGCUGAAGCACAUUACAAAGGCCACAAACAUGCCAGAAAACUCAAGGCUGUUGAGGCGGCCAAGAACAAGCAGAGGCCGCAAGCUCCAGCCAGGGGAGGGGCAGUGGUGUCCCCAACUCCAACCCCUGCCAGCAGAACCCCCGGAGAACCACAGAGCAAAGCAGCCGCUGCAGCUACUUUUCCUGGCCUUCCCCUCCAGCCACCGCUGACUCCAGGCCCCACGCCAGGGGAGCCAGCCCACUCCGCCCUCUUGGAUGUGGCCUCCUCCUCUUCCUCCUGCCCGCCCUGCUCCCCAGAGCCUGGGAGAGAGGCCCCAGGGCCCGAGCCAGCAGCAGCUGCUGUGGGAAGUGGCGUGAGUGGGGAGGGCGGGAAUGAGAAGGGGCACCUCUACUGCCCCACGUGUAAGGUGACGGUGAACUCCGCUUCCCAGCUUCAGGCACACAACACAGGAGCCAAGCACCAGUGGAUGGUGGGCGGCCAGCGAGAGACUCCCCGAAGGGGCCGGGGCCGCCUGGUGCCCCGGGGAGGAGCUGGACACAAGGCCAAGCGAGUGGCAGGGGGCCGGGGGGGGCGGCAGGGGCCAAGCCCCCCUUUCCACUGUGCUCUCUGCCAGCUCCAGGUCAAUUCGGAGACCCAGCUCAAGCAGCAUAUGAGCAGCAGGAGGCAUAAAGACCGCCUGGCCGGGAAGCCCCCCAAGACCUCCAGCCAGCACAGCAAGCUGCAGAAGCACGCAGCGCUGGCUGUGAGUAUCCUCAAGUCUAAACUGGCAUUGCAGAAGCAACUCACUAAGACCCUGGCAGCCCGCUUCCUGCCCAGCCCGCUCCCCACCGCGGCCACCAUCUGUGCCCUGCCAGGGCCCUUGGCCCUCCGGCCUGCCCCCACAGCGGCCACUACUCUCUUCCCGGCUCCAAUCCUGGGCCCAGCUCUGUUUCGCGCCCCAGUAGGAGCCGUUCGCCCUGCCACGGGACCCAUCGUCUUUGCCCCCUAUUAACCCUCCUGAGGAGGCCAGGGCUAACUUCCCAACAUUCACUCACCCAGUAUCCUCCUCUCCCCCAGAGAUGGCCUAGGUUUCUAAGACACCGCAGGGGCCUACCUUUUAUAACCUGGGGAUUCCUGCCAAUCCAGGAAGAGCUGGGCUAGUUUUAAGGGCAGCAGCCCCUCACUCCGUCUGGACUGGGGAAUAAACCAGAACCCAUUCCGGAUCAUCCUCACCCUCCUCCUUUCCCCAGCCUUCUGGGGCUAGUCCUGUACUCCCCUGCAUUUCUCAGCCCAAUUUACUGGGAGCAGACUGAUAUAUCCCCCAAAUCUAUGCAAAAUCCCAGUGCUGUGGUGCUUUCAAACUGCCCCCUCUCCACCCCAAGCACUAAACCCAGGUAGUCAGAGGCCCUAGGAAUCUUAGCGUUAUGAGCCUGCCUCUUCUAGGCUGGGGACAAGCCUGUGACCCCUGCUGCCAUGCUCAGGGGAGGGCCUCUCCCAUUCACUGAAUUCUCUGGAGAAUCACCGAAACUGAGGGAUGGGGUCUCAAGUAGAAUUCAAGACUACCUGGACAAGGUGACCAUGGGAGUAUGGUAAAGAAAGGGAGACCCAAGAGCCCCUUCAUCAAGCAGUACAAAGGUGAGGCAGAGCCCAGGAAGUAGGGGGCCUGGAGCCCAAAGUUUUUAGGGGCCUCAUCCGGUUUAACUGGAUGAGGCCAGGAUAGGGGUGGGUGAGGGUGAUGUUCUGGUUCCCAGUUUUAUUAGUACAGGAAGUGAUCAAUCCCAGAAAAAAGGCUUCCCUUCUUAGUCCUUCAUGGAUUCAUCCUUAGGGGGUCCCUGGGUCUCCCUCAGACUACAGACCAAGGUCACACCAAAUACCCUAUAGUUCCCUAUCCCAAACCAGCCCCUGGGACUAAAUUCAAGUUUCCCUUCUUCUCCCAAACGGCAUCCUCCUAAAUACCCCACUGUGAACGGGGUGUAGGGAUCCAGUCUGAUACACUCUCAAGACCCAUUUUCAAACUGUCAAUGUCACAGACACCACCCCACCUCAGCACUGUCCCCUCACCCCACAAUAUGGGACGUUGCCAGUAUCCACCUGUCUUUUUUUUUUUUUUUUUUUUCAACAUUUCCAAUGGAAGAACAAGGAAAAGGAGGGAGGGGAGGGAAUCUUUUUGAUAACAAGCAGUUGUAGUUUUAUUGUGUCCAGUGCAUCAAUAAAUGAACUUUAAGCCUGA